AUGAUUGAAGAUACAAUUGCUGUGGACACAAAUGUCUAUCAACCCGAUGAUAACCAAUAUCCUGAUGACUGGCAAUCGGAAACAACAUCAAUAGGUUCUUCCAUCUAUAGGGGUCUUAUGGAAAAUGGCCGCCGAUAUCAAUCCCUGAGAAGUGACGAUUAUCUACUUCCUGUAGAUGAUCAAUCAUUCGAGACCUAUGAAGCUGCGCACCUUCUAGCCAUGAUCAUGGAUUCCGACAGAGAUAAUCCACUUUUCCGCGCACCUAUUGGCGAAAACCCGACGCAUAUAUUGGAUUUGGGGACUGGAAAAGGCAAUUGGGCCAUUGAUGUGGCUGAUAUGUUCCCGACCGCAACUGUUCGCGGCGUCGAUCUUUUCCCGCCUCCUAUUACAUGGAUGCCACCAAAUUGUGUAUUAGAAGUUGACGAUGCUAUCCAGCAAUGGACCUGGAAAGAGCCAUUUGAUCUUAUUCACUUGCGUAUUAUGACAGCCUCUUGGACUGACGGUGAAUGGGAUAAGAUCUACAAACAGUGCUAUGACAAUUUGAAGCCUGGAGCCUGGAUCGAACAACUCGAGGCUUUGGCCCCCAUCGAGUGCGAUGACGGUAGUGUGCCCAAAGACAGUAUGCUCAAUACAUGGGGCACGACUAUCAUGGGUAGUGCCGAGAGGUCAGGUCGAGGACUGGACGCUAUGCUCACCAUGACAGAGGGAAUCCGCAAAGCUGGAUUUGUGGAUAUCCAUGAAAAGAAAUAUAAGUGGCCGAUCGGCCCAUGGCCCAAGGACAAGCAACUCAAAGAAGCUGGCAUGGUGAACUUCCAGCAUUGGUUGUCCGGUCUGGAGGGUUGGUGCAUGUACCUGCUCACGAAAUUCGGGGCACCGAGACCUUGGACUAAGGAGGAGGUGCUUGUUUAUGUGUCUACUCUGCGCAAGGAACUGCAGAACCCACAUUACCACAGCUAUGUCAGAUCGAAACGUGUAUGGGCUCGCAAGCCGUUCCCGGAGGAGGUGGCAUUGAAGAAGAAGGCGGCAAUAGAGAUCAAGAGGGAAUAG